AUGGCGGCCAUUGCGCACACGGGCACACGUCUCUAUGUGCAGAACCUCCCAUCCUACGUGGACUCUGCGCGUCUUCGCGAGCACUUUGCCGCCCAGGGAGACGUGACCGACGCCUGUGUGAUCCGCACCAAGGACGGCAGCAAGUCUCGACGGUUCGGGUUCGUGGGCUUCAAGAGCGACAAACAGGCGGAGCAGGCGCGCAAGUUUUUCCACCAGAGCUUCUUUGACACGUGCAAGAUCAACGUCUGUGUGGCGCUUGCGAAGGAGUCGGAGGCGAUGGAUCGACCGUGGAGCAAGUACUCGACGGGGAGUGGUCGACACCAACAGCUCCAUUCCGAUUCGGGUGUCGUGGCGACUACUUGCACAUUGAAAGACCCUUUUUCCGACAAGAAGGAGAAGAAGACUGGAGCAAAAGAGAGCACGAGUGGGGAGUUUAUGGAGUUUAUGGAGACGAUGCAGGCUCGAUCGAAGACCAAGUUCUGGGCGAACGACGACGUCCAAGGGCCAGCAGAUGAAAGGACGGGAUCGAAAGGUGCGAACAUUGCUGAGGCGGGAGACAGCGACGAUGAGUACGAGGAUCUUGAACCAGUGAAACCUGAUGACGGCGGAAUCGACAACGGUUGCCUCGAUGAUGACGAUGAGAACGAGACCGAUACGGGAUUGUCGGAUAUGGACUUUUUGCGGUCCAAGGUGAGCAAAACUAUCGACAAGGACGAUGCUAUUGCAGACAGCGACGAAAAAACGAUCGAUGCGGGAGGUAAAGCGGGUGGCGAUAGAACUUUUGAUGGCAGCAAAAGCGCAGCAUGUGGUCAAGCAGAAUCCGAAGGUGACGACGACGACAAGCCUAGUGCCCGUUUGUUUGUACGGAACUUACCAUUUACGGCGGUAGAGGAAGAUCUUGAGGCGUUGUGUGCAACGUAUGGCCCGAUAGAAGAAGUGCAUAUGCCACUCGAUGAUACGCGUCGGCGCAAAGGCUACGGCUUUGUUCGUUUUCGUACGACGGUAGACGCCCAAACUGCAUGCACAGCUCUGGAUGGUCUUGCAUUCCAGGGUCGCCGCUUGCACGUGAUCUUUGCGCGUUCCAAGCCUGUCAAGCUUGACCCAGAAGUGGCUUUGGCAGACCCGAACUUGACGUACAAGCAACGAAAGGAAUUGGAGCGCCAGGUGCAAGCUCAAAAGAAGACGGGCUGGAAUGCGUCUUACAUUCGCGGGGAUGCGACUGUGGGAUCGCUGGCCGAGCGCAUGGGUGUGAAGCGUGGUGAAAUAAUGGAUAAAGAGCAGAGUAAUCUGGCUGUGCGUUUGGCGAUUGGCGAAACCAUGUUGGUGAAAGAGAACAAAGACUUUUUUGCACGAGAGGGGCUGGACUUGAAUGCAAUUGAGGGUGCGCUCGUGAAGAAGCCAAGUCAACAGCAGUCCACGAAAAUCGAGCGAAGCACAACUGUCAUUCUGAUAAAAAACCUGCCUCAUACCGCCGAGGAAGAAGAACUGGCACAACUUUUCCGAAAACACGGUGAGAUCAGUCGCUUCCUUCUGCCACCAUCGAAGACGCUGGCAGUUGUCGAGUUUUUGGAGCCCUCGGAAGCGCGAAAAGCCUUUCGUUCGCUAGCGUACAAGAAGUACCAGCAUGUGCCACUGUAUCUGGAGUGGGCCCCAGUGAAAGUGUUCGAUCGCUCUGCUUCUGCGUGUACGAAAAGCUCUGGGUCCGAAUCGAAGGGUAUCAAAGCCGCUUCAGGAGUCGUGCCGGAUGUCGAAGAGGACGGCGAUUCUGCUGUGGACGACGCGUGUCAUACUAUAUGCGUGAAGAACUUGAACUUUUCGACGCAGGAAGCCGCUUUGGAAAAGCUUUUCACGCGUUGUGGUAAGUUGCGCAAGGUCACGGUUGCUCGCCGGAAGGACCCGAAGCGCGGUAUGCUGUCAAUGGGAUUCGGCUUUGUGGAGUACGUGGAUGCCAAGCACACGGAGCGUGCACUGCAAACGCUGCAAAACACUGUUGUAGAUGGCCAUGCGCUGAAUUUGAAGCUUUCUCAGAAGAAGGCAUCUGCUCCGCAGCUUGGUGCUGGAGAAGGUGAGGGCGAAGGGCGGCGAUCAAAGAUCAUUGUCCGCAACGUUGCAUUCGAGGCAACGAGCAACGACAUUCGCGAGCUCUUUGGGGCGUUUGGGCAGCUCAAACGUGUGCGUAUGCCCAAGAAGUUUGACGGCAGACAUCGCGGGUUUGCAUUUGUGGAGUUCCUCACAGAGCAGGAAGCCCGGACUGCUUAUUCGGCUCUUGCCAGCUCGCACUUGUACGGCCGGCAUCUUGUUCUCGAGUGGGCGGAGGAUGCAGACGAUAUGGACACUUUGCGAGCGAAGGCCACACGGGACUUGACUGCGAUCAACGACAGCGACCGCCGUAAGCGCGUGAAACGGCAGAAAGAGGAUGAAGAUGACAUGGAUUUCUGA